GGAGGUGCAAUCCCAGCCUCCUCUAGCUGUGUUGGACACAAAACAAUUCCCAGGCUGUCUUUCUGCCCUUCCGUAACUUACCCAUGCAGUGGAACGCGGCCUCCCCCUCCUCGGAGGGCCCAGGCCGCGCAAGAUACUUCUCUCUGGCCCUUGAGGGCCGGAGCUGUUCGUGCGCGCGCAGCGGGCGCGGGGGCUACCACGGCGGAGGGAGGGGGCGCCAACGUCCGCGCCGCCGCGCUGGCGGCAGAGGCAGCGUCGCCUGACACCCCGGGAGCAUCCCCGCCCGCUCCCUGUACAGGCCGCAGGCCCCUGGCACAGUAAGUCCCCGGCCUGGCCCGCCGCUCCGUGCCAGCGACAAAAGUGAAACCCCCCCCAUGGAAGGGGAAAGCACAAAGAAUCCGGGGACCAGCUUUCUGGCUGCGGCCCCUUUAAGAACAGAACCUCCCGGAGCUACCCGUCGCAACCGACCCCAACUUAACCGAAACCCAACCCGGACUUCCCCGUUACCGCUCAAAUAUUGCCAACUUUGGAUUUUUCCCUCCCCCGCUAACCAAUUGGAUCACUGUUACUAGGCAGACUAGAGCAGCUGCCGGGGCGAGCUGGACGCCCUGUCUCGGGAGGCGGCAGGGACCAAUAGUAGACCGGGCAAGCUGGUGUAUCCGGGCAGAUUGGGGCGGAACCGACCAAUAAAAAAAAAAAAAUUAAAAAAAAAAAAAAAGACCGAGCAACGAGUGGAGCCGGGACCGUGAAGCCGACCUAGAGUCGAGGUGGCUCGGAGUGCCAGGAUGGCAGAAGAUGAACCUGAUGCCAAGAGUCCAAAGACAGGUGGAGCUGCCCCAGGCAGUGGGGAUGCUGGUGAACCCACCACUCUCCUACAGAAGCUCCGAGGGUCUAUCUCCAAGGCGGUGCAGAACAAAGUAGAGGGGAUCCUGCAAGAUGUGCAGAGGUUCUCAGACAACGACAAGCUUUAUCUUUACCUUCAGCUCCCCUCAGGCCCCAGUGGUGGUGAUAAAAGCAACCUGGAGCCAAGUGCACUCAGCCAUGAUGAGUAUAUGUAUGCCUACCGAUGGAUUCGAAACCACCUAGAGGAGCAUACAGCCACCUGUUUGCCAAAGCAGGAUGUUUAUGAUGCUUAUAGGAGGUACUGUGAGAGCUUAGCCUGCUGCCGCCCACUCAGCACCGCCAACUUUGGCAAAAUCAUCCGGGAGAUCUUCCCUGACAUCAAGGCCCGGCGGCUGGGAGGCCGGGGCCAAUCCAAAUAUUGCUACAGUGGUAUCCGAAGAAAGACAUUGGUAUCUAUGCCACCCUUGCCUGGACUUGACCUCAAGGGCUCAGAGAGUCCAGAGUUGGGCCCAGAAGUGGGUCCAGGUCCUCGGGACGAACUAGUGGAAGCAGCAUGUGCCCUGACCUGUGACUGGGCAGAGCGUAUAUUAAAACGCUCCUUCAGCUCCAUCGUCGAGGUGGCCCGAUUCCUGCUGCAGCAACAUCUCAUCUCUGCUCGAUCCGCUCAUGCCCAUCUGCUCAUGGCCAUGGUACUUGCUGAUGAACCUGAAAGGCUCCCACGGGAUCCCUCAUCUGCUACCAAGAACGGUCUGGAGAACCCAGAUGGAAAAGCCUCUAAGGGCCAGCCCCAGCCCCCCAAAGAGGUGGAGCCCCGAACUGGGUCUGCCCUCCCAGUUCGAGGAGAGCGGAAGAAAACUGCAGAAACCCCAGCCCCAGCAGCCAGUAACCCCCAAGUGAAUGCUCUAGUGGCCCGACUGCCCGUGCUCCUUCCCCGGGUACCUCACCCGCAACUUCCUCGGCCUCUCCGAGUCUCCCCACCAGUCCUAGCCCCUAAACUUCCCUCGGGUACCCUAAAAGUCACUACACUGCCUUUGCCCAGUGGGACCAGGGUACCCCGGGGAACUCUGCCCAUCAUCAACAUGAUCUUGCCCACUGUAUCUGCUGUGCCUAUUCCUGGGCGAGCACCACCUGAAGGUCCCAUCCAGUCCCAGGGCCCAGAGAAAAACAGGGAGAUAGGCCCAGGGGUGGAUAUGGGUCCCCGGGGCAGGGGAGUGAAGAGGACAGCUGAAGUGCCUAUGAGUGAUGCCAGGGGACAAGAGCUAGCAGCCAAAGUGUUAGGCCAGGAUACAGAAGAGAUAGGGAUUGAUGCCAAGCGUAAAAGAGGGCGUCCUCGAAAGAAAUCAAAUGGUGAAGGGGAACAGAGCUCCUCCCCUGAGAAGCCACUGCCUGCUACAGAUGCUGCCCAUUCCCCCAGGGUAUCCCAGGAGUCUUGGGCCUUUAGGUUACCCGUAAAAUUGGAGAAGGAAGAUGACACUGGUUUGAAGGGAGGAAUGGAACCUAGUGUCCAACACGCCAAAGAAAUAGGGGACAAAAGUCCUAUCACUCCUAAAGUGAGUGUCAUCAAGGGCAACAAAAAUUGGGAGGAGGCCCCCCAAUCCAUGGGAAGAGAGGCAGCACAAACCACCGGACAAGGGAAUAAAGACCCGAAAGGGAACAUGCCCCAAGGUUCCCUAUUCUUUGGACACAAAGAUCCCAAAGCAACACCCCCUUAAUAGGUACAUGGGGGGAAAUUUGAAUAUUCCUACAUGCACCUAAUCUGUCCAACUGAGGAGGAGCCCUUCUUUCUGACCCUGCUUAUUAUUUGGCUGUCCCCUUCCCUUUCCCAUAUGGAUUUCUGUGUUCCCCUUUCUGACCAUGUCUUGUCCUUCCCUUUUCCUUUCCCAGGCUAGUGCCCUUGGCUUCAAUAUUACCUACCAAUAAACCUGCCAUGCCCUCCUA